AUCGUUAUCUCGGCGCCGCGGUGGCAAUAUGGCUGGUGAUGGGUGUCUUGGGGGGCGCUGGCGGCGGGAGGAGCUCUCGGCAGCCCCUGCGCGCCCGGCUCGCUGUUAGCCAUGGCAAAUGGCAGCGGCCUUAGAAUGAGUAACAAUAUCAACGCCAACAAUCUCAACACAGACUCGUCCUCUGCCCCCGUCAAUGUGCCCAAGAUGGAUGCGCUCAUCAUCCCGGUGACCAUGGAGGUGCCCUGCGAUAGCCGCGGACAGCGCAUGUGGUGGGCUUUCCUCGCCUCGUCCAUGGUCACUUUCUUUGGGGGACUGUUUAUCAUCCUGCUCUGGAGGACCCUCAAGUACCUGUGGACUGUCUGCUGCCACUGCGGGGUCAAAAACAAGGAGGCCCAGAAGAUCAAUGGUGGUGGAGAUACACAAGCAGACGGGACCUGCAAGCCUACAGAUGAAAAAGAGGAGAACGUGGCAGCAGAAGUGGGAUGGAUGACCUCUGUGAAGGAUUGGGCAGGAGUCAUGAUAUCUGCCCAGACGUUAACUGGCAGAGUUCUUGCAACAGUWGCUGUAAAUUGUAAGGAAACCUUCAAGAAUCAGAGCAGAAGACUGUCUUCAACCUAGCUGUGAAACUAGCUGAAGAAUUGCAGCUUUUUUUUUUUUUCUUUAAAUGGAAAAUUAUGCUAGAUGUUCAUUUUUCUUUCUUUAAAGAUGUAGUUGAGAAACAAGUUGGAAAAGGUUUAGAACAUUCCAUUUCAAAAUGGCCAUCAUAGUUUUUUGAUCUUUAACUUCACUAAAAAUUUGUCAAAACUGCGAUGGAAAAGACUGAAAACAGUUACACAAAAUACUUUCAACUGAUCUGACAUGACAUUUAUGAAAUUAUUUUAUUCAAGAACUUUUUUAAUAGUUAACUUUCAAAAUCUUUGUUAGCAUUUUUCCAAAUAACGUAUUUCAGUAAAUCUGUUUGGAAAACAAGAAAAAUUUCUUGUAUGUUAGAUGAUCUGGAUUGUUGGAUGCAGUUAGUGACAUGAUUUAACCCAUCCUAGACCUAAAAUCUUAAGCCUCUCUGCCCACUAUUUUCUUAAAAAUAAAUAAGUAAAAUCUUUAAUUGACUGAUGGAAAACAAACAAACAAAAAGCUUAAUAACUGAAAGUAAGACAGAAAAAGUAUAAUGUCAUCUUAGUCUCCUGCUGUUCCAGUGACAAGAGAGAAAUUAUAUCCUAUAAGUUAAACAGGAUAAAUGAAAUCUCUUGAAACUCUGAAAUAUUCUGGCUUCAAAUUAAA